UCCUUCGCUUUUACGACGAAAUUAUUUCCUCGCUACCUUACGACGAAUUAGCGAGGAUAUAUGCGUUACGACAAACGUAUAACGACGAAACGGGUUUCCUCGCUAAUUCCUCGUAACACUGCUUUUACGACGAAGUAACGAAGAAAACUGCCCUCGUAAAACUUGUGUUUUCUUGUAGUGAGAUGUUGAGUACUGAUAAUGUGUACUGCUCUGUUUUUGGCUAGUAUUAGUUGUUGUGGGUUCUGGAUGCAGGUGGUCCAGUUCGUUUAGGCUAAUUCAUUUUGUGUAGUGCUGUUAUGGCUUGUGUCGGAAGUUUGUAAUUUAUUUUGUGUAGUGCUGUUAUGACCAAGUGUCCUCUUCAAGAGAAAUAGUACAUGAUUAUCCAUAACCAUUGGAGACACCUUGUUUUUCUUUUUAAGCACUUCAAAAUAAGCAACUUGCAUUGGAAGACAAAAAUUAUAAGUUUCUUAAAGAAUGUGCUUCACACAUAUUUAGUACUAAAAAAAUGAUUAAGCAUCCCAUUAAGGGUGCUAGGGAUAAUCAUGCUCUAACUUACACGUAUAUUUGCAAUGAAUGAUGCAAUAAUCAAAAUAAAAAGUCCCUUAUAGCUAUAUUUUAGCAAAAAAAUUCCUUAUAGAAUUGCUCAUACAAAUAUAUAUGAAAUCAAUUCUGACAUAAAAACCGUUAACAAAUGAUAGCAGUUAAAAUUUCGCAGAGUCAAAUUGCAACGUGGCAAAAUUUGGAUCGUCAGAUCAAAAACAUCAGUAGGCUAACCGUUUAAAGGAAACGGCUAUAAUAUUACCCGCCACAAAAAAAAAAUCUUUACUUGACGACGGAUUGUGAUGGUAUUUAUGUUUCUGUUACUACGGUUUCUGGAUUCGUGUCUUGUUUGUCAGUCCAGGGUUUAUGAAUUAUAAUAAAUGCUUCCAUUACGGAUCUUGCUGCUCUCAAAAUCUCAGCGACAACUCGCGUGGAACCAGAGCUUAUGGCAAAACUACAAACUGAGCUUGCUGUAGCUACGGAAUGCGUAGCCAUGCUCCUCUAGCCUCUAACUCAAGGGAUAUUAAAUCAACGGCUUUUACGGUCACUGUGACAACAUAAUCACCGCAGCCUCUGUGGGAGCUGGAUACCACAAUCUCCCCGGAGCUUGCAACAAUGGCCGCUUUCUAAGCAACCCACAUGUAUGCGUCUGUGCUUCAAGUAACCUUUGGAAAGAAACAUGUGUGGAUGCCUGUUGAGAGUAGAAUUCUUAGCUGAGGUUUGCUAUGCACAAAUCAUGUGCCAGAACUGAGAGUCUCAAUGAAGUAAUAUCUUGAAGUUGCAUGUCCUAUCUCCCUUGUGAUUGUUAGAUUCUUCCUUGGUUAUAUAGCAGGUAUUUGACCACUAAUCUCUCAUCUGAUUCUCCAUUUACAUUAAUGAAGUUUCUCUAAGAUACCAUCUCCUGCUGCCCCCAAAAUAAAUCUGGUAGGUAGUAAUUAAGUUUACAAAUUGUACCUCUGUGGAAUUUAGGUUUUCUAAGAGAAAUAAACUGUUUCUAUCUAAUCUUGUACUGCUCUUGGUGUGUCUACAACAGAGACAUAACCAACAAAUGAAGCAAGACGCUCUGUGCAAUUCCCGCCCUCACUUGCGGUUUCUGAGUAGCAGAAGUGUGUAUUAUGCUAUAGUGGUUGUCUAUAUUUCUUCUCUCUAAUCUUAGCCUAGUGAUUUGAUUUAUUUUGCAUGUGUGAACGUGUUCUCCUGCCCCCUGUAGAGCUUAAUUAAAUAAUCCUAAAGGGUUAGGUAAACAAAGCAGGACCUAACAGUAGUUUCUGUCACUUUUCCUGUUUUAAUUAGUUUAGAAAUGUUUGUUACCCCGCAUGUAGCAUUUGCGUUGUCAAUUUGGACUGAAGUUGAUUUCAUAUUCGUUAAAAUAUUGUGUGAAAUGGAAUAUUUUGAAAACCACGUUAAGCUUUAUUUCUAGAUUAGUUUAAUAUCAACGUGUUAGUGGAGUACAGUUUAUAAGCAAAACAAUAUUGAUAGGCUUGGAUCACUGAAACAGAAGCUCACAUCCUUUUCUUGUUCACUUUUUCUCAAGCUUUGCGAGGUUUUGAGAGAAGAUCUACACAUCAGAUCCAGACUCUCUGAUUCAUCAUCUGCAUGGCUAGUUGGCUGCUUCAGAUCCUGGUUAUCUCUUCUCUUCAUCUGAUUUCUCUAUCAAGUCAACAAGAGACGAGGUUUGUCUAUGAAAACUUUCGUGACCAAGAUAAUCUUUAUCUAGAUGAUUCUGCAAAAGACCUUGGACCAUUGCGGCUGACAGGCGGUGCAACGUAUGAAACUGGUCGGGCUUUUUACAAGAAACCAAUUCAGUUCAGUUCCUCUGGACCACUCUCCUUCUCAACUCAUUUCGUGUGUGCUCUGGUGCCUAGAACAGGUAUUGAAGGUGGCCAUGGUCUUACCUUUUUAUUAUCUUCUUCUAUGGAUUUCCCUAACGCCCGAGAAACAAGAUACUUGGGAGCUUUCAACGAAUCAACAAGUGGAUUUCCCGUUCUUGCUGUUGAGCUUGACACUAUUCGGAACCAAGAGUUCGGUGAUAUUGAUAACAAUCACGUGGGGAUUGAUGUGAACAGUCCAAUAUCUGUGGGAAUAGCUUCAGCAUCUUACUAUUCCGACUUGAAAGGGAAAAACGAAAGCAUAAACCUGUUGAGUGGAAAGCCCAUACAGGUCUGGGUGGAUUAUGAAGGCACUGUGUUCAAUGUUUCCAUUUCGCCACUUCAAGUCCAGAAGCCAAGUCGGCCUCUUUUGUCACAUCCCAUUAACCUUUCAGAGAUUUUUCCGAAUAUAUCUCAACUGUUUGUUGGAUUCUCAGCAGCAACAGGGAACGCGGUGAGCGCUCACUAUAUCCUUUGGUGGAGUUUCAGUACAAACAGAGAAUCACUGCCGCGACUUGAUAUCUCAAGACUUCUUGAUAUAAGAACUUCUUGAAGUUCUUAUUCUACAGCUCCACAUAAGAGUCUACCGCCGUGGAUUGUUGUCCUGGUUGUGUGUCUGGGUAUUGUGGUGUUGGCUGUUCUUGCAAGAGUUUAUUUCCACCGGAGGAAGAAGUAUUCAGAAGUGUCUGAAACAUGGGAGAAGGAGUUUGAUGCACAUAGGUUCUCUUACAAGUCCCUGUACAAAGCAACAAAGGGUUUCCGCAAGGAUGAGUUCCUAGGAAGAGGUGGUUUUGGUGAAGUCUAUAGAGGAGAUCUUCCGCAAGGCAGAGAAAUAGCAGUGAAGAGAGUGUCCCAUAAUGGUGAUGAAGGUUUGAAGCAAUUUCUGGCUGAAGUUGUGAGCAUGAGAUAUCUGAAACACAGGAAUCUUGUUCCACUUUUCGGGUAUUGUAGGAGAAAGCACGAACUUCUUCUUGUCUCGGAGUACAUGCCCAAUCGGAGCCUUGACGAGCAUUUGUUUGAUGAGACGAAAUCAGUUCUUUCUUGGUCACAAAGACUUGUGGUUGUUAAAGGAAUAGCGUCUGCUCUGUGGUACCUGCAUACAGGUGCUGACCGCGUUGUCCGCGAUGUUAAAGCUUCCAACGUUAUGUUAGACGCCGAGUUCAAUGGUAGGUUGGGGGAUUUUGGAAUGGCCAGGUUUCAUGAACAUGGAGGCAAUGCAGCCACAACAGCAGCUGUGGGAACAGUAGGCUACAUGGCACCUGAGCUAGUGACAACGGGAGCUUCUACCGGAACUGAUGUUUAUGCUUUUGGUGUUUUCAUGCUUGAAGUAGCAUGUGGUAGAAGACCCGUUGAACCGCAGUUGCAAGUUGAGAGACGUCAUAUGAUCAAAUGGGUUUGUGAGUGCUGGAAAAAGGACGCUUUGCUUGAUGCCACUGACCCGAGACUGGGAGGUGAAUUCAUAGCCGAAGAAGUCGAGAUGGUUAUGAAACUCGGUUUGCUAUGUUCAAAUAUUGUGCCAGAGUCCAGGCCUACGAUGGAACAAGUGGUCUUAUACCUAAACAACAAUCUGCCAAUGCCAGAUUUCUCACCAUAUACUUUGGGGAUAGGCACAUUUGCUCCGUUUAUGGUUGAUGCAGCUUCAUGGAGUUGGUCAGGUCCCUCGAUGUCUUCUUCUUCUUCCAAUCACUCACCUUACCCUUGUCAGCCAGCAGAUCAGCCAUGGUCAGAGACUAAGAACUCUCUUCACGUAGUUGCAGAGCCAGAGAAGCCUAAGACUUGAGACUUGCUUACCUACAGAACAUUUUGAGUCCAAUUCUCACAGCAUCAGCAGUUAGAGGUAAUGCAUUAAUGUCAGCAGACAGAUCUCUUUGGUAGCUCUCAAGAUUGUUCUAAUAAUCGGUCUUAUUUGUCGUUGUUCAAAAAAAAAAAUCAGUCUUAUUUGUACCAAUUUGUUCAGUGUGUCCCUUACAACAUGUUUAUCCACUUAAACGAUUGAUUAUAAACAAAUAGUUUAUGUUUCCUC